AUGCGCUCAUCAUUAUCAUCAUCACCGCCACCAUCACCACUGACAACAGCAACAACAACCAAUACGAAUAAUCGUGAUGAUUAUGAUGUUGUUGUUGAUGGUGCCCCGUCCAUGAGUGGAUCAUCAUCUUUGUUAUCCGAACAAGAACCACAACAUCAACGAGAACUAUCCUCAUCAUGGGUAUCUUCGGAGAGUAGAAGAGAAAUCAUUGGAUCGGUUCAAAGUAACGAGGAAGCUUCGCCGCCGAACAAAGACAAUGAAAAAGAAGAAAAUAGCAACGGUACUCCCCUCUCUGCCUCAACGGCAGCCUUGUUGUUAUCAUCAUUGCCUUUUGCUUCUUCUCCAUUUGGAAAGCUGAUGAAUAGUAAUAUGAAUUACAACAAUACGAACAACAAUGAAUUGAAUAAGUUCAAUCAUCAUGGAGGUGGUGUUGUUGUUUUCAACGAAUCCAGUCUUCAUGAUUACCAUGAAAUUCAGACUUCAGCUGCAACAACAACAACAACUCUUGUACCCAACAAACCUUCUUCUACAACCGAUGAACAAGAAACAACAAGAACAUCAACAACAAUAAAUGAUUAUCAACAACAACAACACGAAAGGAGCCCUCAUACUGUACAUGAACCACAACAACAACAACUAGAAGAGGUCUCUUCUCAACAGCAGCAUGUGGCAUCUCCGAAAAUUGUCGCCCAAACUACCACAUUGCCCACGACAACAUCCACUCCGUUCCAUCCUCCAAUCUCUCAACAAGUAGCUCUGGCACCAGAAAAUACACCUCAACAACAACAAUUUUCAUCACCUCCUAGGAAGAACAAAAACAUCAAAUUUCAUAAUUUUGAGCCUCAAUCUUUUGUACAUAAUAAUAAUUCUAGACAAGAUAUCAGCAGCAAUGCACCCUCAAUGAAACAACAAACAACUCCGAAAGCAACAUCAAAGAGCAAUGCAACUACAGUUUUUCAAUUUUCGAAUUAUGAGCCAAAACAAGCCAUUGGCCUAAAUGUAAAUUCCAAUCACUCCUCAUUCAAUUCAGCACAACCACUGUUGCCUUCCUCCUCGAAACUCACGCAACGAAGUAUGAUGAUGACCGUUCCUCCUCAAAAACCUCACCAACAAACUCAGCCACACAAUUCCACUAUUCCUCAGACCACUUCAGUGAUGAACCCGUCUUCUGCACAUAAUUCCCAACAACCACAGCAAGCGAUCAACCACCAACUAGGUCAAUUUAAAAUUACAGACUAUUCCAACAAUUACGCUCAACCGUUGUCACACAUUGAUUAUCUUCCAUCGUCCAGCAUGAAAACAUCGGAAAAUACGAAAAAACGAAACAGCACAGGAAGUACUGAAUCGUCAUCCUCUCGAGUUUUAAAAAGUUCAAAAACAACAUCAAACGCAACCACCACAAAUGCAGCAUUUUCCAAUUUUACAAGUUCUGACUUUGAGGGCUACGUGCCAAGUAAUACUUUCUCAGUUACCAAUAUUGUGCCCAUGUCUUCUACUUCGAAAAGCAAUCCAGGAAUAUUAAUGUCGUCCGCUGUUGUUUCGACACAAGUAGCAAAUAAGGAAGACUCUACCACCUCUAGAGUGAAUUAUGAUUCAAACUUGACCAAUAGUAAUUCAAAGCAACUACCUUCUCAAAAUGUCACGAAAACCUAUCCAGAAGACGCUACUAAAUAUGGCACCUUCAAGAAUUCACCUCCGAUUCAGACCACCGCCUCGUCAUCACUAUCUUCAUGGACGUUCCACCCGUUUGAUAAGACACAACAACCCAUCAGGGACCAGUCAUCAGGAUUGACCUUUCAUAUGUUCACUCCAAAGAAAAAAUAG